AUGGGGUAUUUCAAUGCUAUACUUGAGGUUGAAGACAGAGUGCAUGGUAAUGUGGUGCAAGACCAUGAGAUAAGGGACUUCAGAGAAUUUGUGGAAGAUGCUGGUAUGACUGAGUUACAGGUAAUAGAAAGACCAUUCACAUGGACUAACAGCCAUGACUUCAGCAAAAUUGACAAAAAGUUAGAUAAUGGAGAAUGGAUGAACAAUAUGCAUCCUAUUCAAGUUCAUGUCCUAGAUCCGUACUUUUCUGAUCACUCACUACUAAGCAUUGAGUUGGGGAGACAACAGAAGAAAGCACCAAGACCAUUCAGAUUCUUGAAUUGUUUGGCUGAUCAUCCAUGUUUUGGGAAGAUAGUAGAAGACAACUGGAAGAAGCAGAUCAGAACAUAUAAUCAGGAUUCCCUUAACUUUGAUGUAGAAAAAGAGCUAAGGUCGCAGCUGGAGAAAUGUGAUUUAAUAGAGGAGAGCAUAUAUAAACAGAAAUCUAGAGUACAAUGGCUCAAAUUGGGGGAUUCCAAUUUAGCUUAUUUUUUUGCCAGCAUCAAGAACAGGACAGCUCAGAAUCAGAUCAAAUUACUUGUUAAUGCAACAGGUGAUAUCAUUCAAACAGAAAUGGGGAUAGAGGAGGAGAUCCUAAGCUUUUAUAAGAACCUACUUGGGGAUGCAAAUACCACACUGCCUGCUCUUAUCCGACCAUUUAGCAGAGAAGAAGUUUGGAAAGCACUACAGGGGAUUGAUGACAACAAAGCCCCAGGGAUAGAUGGAUUUAAAUCACUAUUCUUUAAGAAAGCAUGGACCAUGAUUGGAGAUGAGGGGGAUGUGGUAUCUACUCAGCUAUUGUAUAAACAAUUUCAGCAAUUCUCUUUGGCAUCUGGGCUAAUAGCCAACCAAGAGAAGAGUGCUGUACCUGGGAGUUCCAUUGAGCUCAAAAAGACUAGCAAUUGGACAAUGUCAACCAUUAAUAGAGAGGAUGAUAGGGAGAGUAACUUCAUGUACAUCAAAGAUACUGUCUUAUGCAGGGAGAUUGCAGCUGAUCAGGAGUGUACUCAUAGCCAUUCAACAGUUUUGGUCCCAAAUUUUCAUCUUGCCAAAGAAGGUGGUUCAGAGGAUUGA